GGAGACCACCCAUAACUGCAAGACCCUCCUAUUCUUCAUCCCUCACGACUGGCCUGAGAUCUGCAGACAAGAAGUAACCAUGGGGAGCCAGAAUGAGAGCAGUUCCCACCCGGAGUAUUUCCUUCUGGUUGGAAUCCCCGGUAUGGAAGAUGCCCACUUCUUCUUCUCCAUCCCCUUCUGCUCCAUGUACAUCUUGGCCUUGGCUGGGAACCUGCUUCUGAUCUAUGUGAUUGCAACCAACGCGAGUCUCCACCAACCCAUGUACCAGUUCCUUGUCAUGUUGGCCAUGUCCGAUAUCCUCCUGUGCACGACGACGGUACCAAAAAGCCUGGCAAUAUUUUGGUUCCAGUCGAGCAGAAUCCCAUUCGAUGGCUGCAUCACGCAGGUGUUUUUCAUCCACUUCCUGUUCGUCACCGAGUCUUCUGUUCUGUUGACCAUGGCUUAUGAUAGAUACGUUGCCAUCUGCUAUCCGCUGGCAUACACCACCAAGAUGACUAACUCCUUCAUAUGGAGAGUAGUGAUUGUGGCUUUGACCAGGGGCUUCUGCACUACGGGCCCAUUCACUUUACUUCUCAAGAGACUCCCCUACCAAGGCAGCAACGUCAUAGCUCAUAGUUACUGUGAACACAUGGCGAUGGCAAAACUGGCCACUGCUGAUAUUCUGGUCAAUGUGGUUUAUGGCCUGAUUAUAGCCUUUGGCAUAACGGGCAUAGAUAUGAUUCUCAUUGCCGUCUCCUAUGUCGUUAUAAUCCGGGCUGUAAUUAGACUCCCUUCAUCCGAGGCCCGUUACAAAGCCUUCAAUACGUGCGUGUCCCACCUAUGUGUCAUAACCCUGUUCUACGUACCAGCUUUCUUCUCUUUCAUUACUCACAGAGUGGGUCACAAUGUCAUCCCCCUCUACGCUCAUAUCCUACUGGCCAACCUCUAUUGUCUAGUCCCGCCCAUGAUGAAUCCGAUUAUCUAUGGGGUCAAAACAAAAGAAAUAAGACGCAAGGUGUUUGGGUUGUUCUGUAGAAAAGCUUUCCUGAUGUGACCAUUGCAUGGGUCUUGUCUUCAGGCCCCAGUAGAUAUUAUCAUUGGAACUAUCCAUAGCAUAGCUACAAGUAAUUUGCUAAUUAGUCUAACGAGCACCUUGCCAAAGCCAAAAAUAACAUCUUCACUUACUUCACCCACCGCUAUUGCUCAAACUGUAACCUGCUCAAUCACCUGCUGUAACCUGCUCAAUCACCCCCAGAUCAUCUGGAAAGUCAAGGAACCGGCCUAUCAAUGGACUAGGGUUGAUAAUAGGACAUUUGUAUAAAGUGUGUGAGUUCAGCCUCACCCUUGGGUCAUACAGGCAACUCACGGCACACUAGGUGACUAUGGCAAUCCACCAAUGUGGCAAGAACUGCAGCUCAUCUUCAUCAUCUAUGGUCAACAUGGUCCCAGGAUGGUCUGUUGAACCCCACCAUGACCUGGCUUGCAUACCCAGAUACUUGGGCAGUAUAAUCAAUUAAGUGCCCCACAAAUCUGCCGAUGUAUGACCUGCCGGUCAGUAUAUGUUUGAAGCAUGGGAUGGCGCUUAGGUUUAGUCACCAGAAUGUAGGUUUAGACGUGUUGAGGAUGUUCUUGUACAGCUCUGUUUUUCCAUGUAAAAUGUCCGGAAUCUGUAUAUUCAUAAAUAAAUGUCACAGUAAACA